AUGAGGUAUGAUGGGACCCAGGACCCCCAAGAGCAUCUAACGGCCUUCAAGACCAGGAUGAACUUGGAAAGGAUAGGCGACGAAGUGAGAUGUCGCACCUUUCCUGUCACCCUAGCGGGCUUGGAAAUACGUUGGGUGACACAGAGAACUGGCAAACCAACCAGGAAGUACCUGGAUAGGUUCAAUAACGAGUGCUUGGAGAUUGACGGCCUAACUGACUCGGUGGCCAGUUUGUGCUUGACGAACGGUUUGCUGAACGAGGAUUUCAGGAAACACCUCACCACCAAGCCCGUGUGGAUAAUGCAAGAAAUCCAAAAUGUGGCUAGGGAGUAUAUCAAUGAUGAGGAGGUUAGCCAGUUCGUGACAGCUAACAAGCGGCAGCCCGCCUACAACCAUGCCCGUCAGCCCGGUAACAAGGAAAGACCUAGGGAACACUCCAAGGACGGAGCUCCAGGUAAAACCUUCAAGCCGUUCCCCCGGGUAGGGAAGUUUACCAACUAUACUCCCUUGGCAGCCCCAAUUCUUGAAGUCUAUCAGCGGAUCGCCGACAAGGGCAUCCUAUCGAAUCCCCGGCAGCUCAAGGACAGGACAGGAGGAAACAAAAACCUCUAUUGCGACUACCACAAGGGCUACGGCCACAAGACCCAAGAUUGUUUCGACCUGAAAGAUGCUCUGGAACAGGCGAUCCGAGGAGGGAAGUUGGCCGAAUUCUCCCACCUUAUAAGGGAACCCCAGAGACGGGAUCGCGAUCGAUCUGGCGACGACAAGAGCCAUGCCGUAAGGCAGAGGCAAGAGCCCGAGGAGGACAAUGAGCGUGGCCUCACCAUCGUGAACAUCGUGGUCGGGAGAGACGUGGCUCCCAGGUUGAAAUUGGCAAGUAGAAAAGACGCCAAAGUCUUGGCUGUGUCAUAA